AUGGACCCGCCCAGCUCCAUGGAUUCUUAUUAUGAUCCUACAGAUCAAAACACGGAUGACGCUUUUGCUUAUAGCUUCGGAUUCUCCCUUGUCAUCGUCGCUGUUAUCAUAACAAUGGCCAUGGCUUCUUACUACUGCAGCCGCAGGUAUUCAGGCUCUGAAACUUACAACAGAAACGUCUCACUUUCCACCAGUACUACCGGAGAUAUUGGCAGCUCCCGCUCCGUGGUGAUCGAAGUUAUAGGCCUCGACGAAGCCGCUCUUCAUAGGUUCCCGAAGUUGCUUUACUCCCAGGUCAAACUCAACAAGGCUGGUGAGUCCACUGCUUCUGCCUGCUGCUCCAUAUGUUUGGCGGAUUAUCGAGACACCGAUUUGCUUAGGCUGUUGCCUGAUUGUGGCCACCUUUUCCAUCGGAAAUGUGUGGAUCCAUGGUUGCGGCUGCAUCCUACUUGUCCCAUCUGUCGGAACUCUCCGGCGCCGACUCCUCUGUCGACUCCUCUUGCUGAGGUGGCUCCCUUGGCAGUGCGACAAUAUCGACAAAUUUAA